GUGAUGGCCCAGCCAGGGUCCGGCUGCAAAGCGACCACCCGCUGUCUUGAAGGGACUGCGCCGCCAGCCAUGGCGCAGUCGGAAGCCGAGGCGCUGGCAGGCGCUCUGGACAAGGACGAGGGUCGGGCCUCCCCAUGUACGCCCAGCACACCAUCUGUGUGCUCACCGCCCUCUGCCGCCUCCUCCGUGCCGUCUGCCGGCAAGAACAUCUGCUCCAGUUGUGGCCUUGAGAUCCUGGACCGGUAUCUGCUCAAGGUCAACAACCUCAUCUGGCACGUGCGGUGCCUGGAGUGCUCCGUGUGUCGAACGUCGCUGAGGCAGCAGAACAGCUGCUACAUCAAGAACAAGGAAAUCUUCUGCAAGAUGGACUACUUCAGCCGAUUUGGGACCAAGUGUGCCCGGUGCGGUCGACAGAUCUACGCCAGUGACUGGGUGCGACGGGCACGCGGCAACGCCUAUCACCUCGCCUGCUUUGCCUGCUUCUCCUGCAAGCGCCAGCUGUCCACCGGUGAAGAGUUCGGCUUGGUGGAGGAGAAGGUGCUGUGCCGUAUCCACUAUGACACCAUGAUCGAGAACCUCAAGAGAGCCGCGGAGAACGGGAACGGCCUCACGUUGGAGGGGGCAGUGCCCUCAGAACAGGACAGUCAGCCCAAGCCGGCCAAGCGCGCGCGGACGUCCUUCACAGCAGAGCAAUUGCAGGUUAUGCAGGCGCAGUUUGCGCAGGACAACAACCCCGACGCACAGACUCUGCAGAAGCUGGCGGACAUGACCGGCCUCAGCCGGAGGGUCAUCCAGAACCGACCCUUUUCCGCGAGGCCGAGGCUGCUGAGGCUGUUGUUCCAGGUGUGGUUUCAAAACUGCCGGGCGCGUCAUAAAAAGCACACACCGCAGCACCCAGUGCCGCCCUCAGGGGCGCCCCCUACCCGCCUCCCCUCUGCCUUGUCCGACGACAUCCACUACUCCCCGUUCAGCAGCCCCGAGCGGGCGCGCAUGGUCACCCUGCACGGCUACAUUGAGAGUCAGGUACAGUGCGGGCAGGUGCACUGCCGGCUGCCUUACACCGCGCCCCCCGUCCACCUCAAAGCCGACAUGGAUGGGCCGCUCUCCAACCGGGGUGAGAAGGAGUUAUCUUCAACUUCAGCUGAUCACAAUAGCAAAAGGCAAAUGGAAUCGUGCAACGCCAACAGCCUCCUAAUUUACAGGUUUUCUUUCCCCUCGUAUUGGCCUUUAUGUACUACUUCCUUGGAACCAUCUCUGAAUUCUGAAUAGCCAACAACCCCCAAUGUUAUCCACUCUGUUGCUUUUGUCUGGAAAACUCUGCAGUGUUUGUGGGAUGUCCCCAAGGGAAAGCUAUGUUCUAAUUUUAUCAUUUCCAUCUGUCUGGUUAUGUCAAGUUAAUUCAGAAAGAGAAGAGACACUGACCAGCCCUAAGAGGCCCAAUAGGGCAGAAAUGGAGGCCUGCCCGGACCAGAAAGCAGACGGACCAGGGAGGGACUGGGGACACUGGACUGGGAGAAACACUAACCAUUCCAAGGAGAGGAAAGAGACGGCUUAGUGAAGGGGAGACUUUACCCCCAAUUCAUUACUUACCUUAUAUGCAGAAAUCAUGGCAGAAAUGGUAUUUGAUCUAUGUGGUGACACUUCUGAAUGUUUGAGAAGGCUAGACCUGGGGACCCUUGUUGGCUACUUGUUUACUCCUGAUAGAGGUGCCUGGCCAGGUCUUCUCUUGGGGGGAGACCACUCAUGGGGAGCCAGGAACAGAGCCCAGUGAAAUGGCAGCCAGAAUGUUAAUUCAUUUCUCACUAGAGAGAGGUGCCCACUGCCCAUUGCCCAUUGCCUGGGUGAGUGUGCCAAGCCUAGGGUUCUAGCUGGUACCUCUGGGUUUCCCCUCAGCUCUGCCCAGCUCCCACCCCACCCACUCCUGAGAACAGAGGCCACACAUAGCUGUGCUCACAUUCAUCCCAUUCUGCUGCAAUUCUUCCACUCUGAACAAAGGGCUUGGGCAACACACAACCAUGAUUUGUUAUCAGGGGAUGCCCAUUUGUUUCAAGCUUAUCCUAUAAUUCUAGAACUACUUGGAGACCUGAUGCAUUUCCCACUAGAGGCUGCUAGUAAGCAUGUUUUAGCUCAAGUCUUUAUUCCUACAUUUGGAAGGAGACCGUAGGACAAAGAAACAUACACAGUCGAUGUCCCCAUUUUCAACCAUGGCAGACAUCACUAAUCGAUUGCAACAUUCUUAUUCUCACUCAGUCUGGAUAAGCUUUCAGAAUUCACAUGCUUGAAGUAGGCACUUAAAUGAGAACCUAUAUGCCAGUUGCUCUGAGACCUGGAGGAGGGUGAGGCUUGAGUGUGGCCCAAGAAAGGAACCUGAAUCCCCUCCCUUCCAAAGACGUUACAGCUGACUAAGGACAAAGAACAUAACAUUCACAAUGUGCUGAGUGUGACACACUGUUCAGAACUCAUCCAAUGGAAACUGGUGCCCAGCUCUGUGCUGGGAACUGAUUUAACAGGAGCUACGUGGGCCUGAUCCCUGGCCUUGGGAAGCUUAAAUCUUUCUUUGAUUUUUGCUCCUAAUGAUCAAAGCCCCAACCACAACCAUGUGGUAAGUGGCCAGUUGAGCUCUGUCCCGGGUCACCUAGGACCCACUCUGCCUUCAGCCUCCUCCCAGGGUCUAGUCCUUGAGUGGAUCACAUGGCCGUAGCAUGUUGCAGUCAAACGUCUUCACUACCCUUUUAAGAGCAGCCUGGGAACAUACAGACCGUCGAGACUAUUUAUUUAAAUACAAAACGAAAGGGGAAAACACACACGGAAAAAAAUUGUAAGCACUUUUUUGUAAAACCAAUGUCUGUUUUGUUACAUACCUUUCAUGUCGUGCUUUGUAAAUGUCUUAUUUGUGUAAUAAAUAAAGUUAAUGCAAGUAGAAGUGCUGGCACUUAAAUCCAGAA